AUGGAGACUGCAGCGGCGCAGAAUCUGGCGAUCGCAAACCUGUACGCCAAGGUGGAGAAGGUGGGCGAAGGUACCUACGCCUCUGUGUUCCUCGCGCGCAACAUCAAGACGGGACAGAAGGUAGCCAUCAAGAAGAUCAAGAUCGUCUCCAACGAGAACGGCAUGGACGUCACGGCGAUACGCGAAGUCAAGUUCUUGAAGGAACUCAACCAUCCCAAUGUGAUCAAGAUGGUCGACGUGUUUUCCUCCGGCUCCCGGUCUCCUUCGCUCAACCUGGUGCUCGAGUUCCUGGACACCAAUCUGGAGGCGCUCGUCAAGGACAAAGCGCUGAUCUUUACGCAGGCCGACAUCAAGAGUUGGAUGGCCAUGCUUUGCCGUGGCAUGGAGUACUGUCAUCGCAACUGGGUGCUGCAUCGGGAUUUGAAACCGAACAACUUGCUCAUCUCUCCUUCGGGCGAGCUCAAGAUUGCCGAUUUUGGUCUUGCAAGAGAGCACGGAGAUCCAGGAGCGAGAAUGACACAUCAGGUCGUGACGAGGUGGUAUCGUCCGCCGGAACUGCUGCUGGGGUCGAGAGCCUACUCGUCGGCGGUGGAUAUGUGGAGCGUGGGAUGCAUCUUUGCCGAACUCAUGCUGCGCGUUCCUUAUCUCCCUGGAGAGUCGGAUGCCGAACAACUCACGACCAUCUUUAAGGCGCUCGGUACACCGACAGAGAAAGACUGGCCGAGUCACAAAUCUCUGCCAGAGUAUACAUCGUUCGAGCAACAUCCGAAAUCCAACUUGGCGGAUCUAUUCCUUGCGGCCAGUCCAGAGGCGCUCGACUUCCUGCAACGUACGCUCCUGUACGAUCCACUCAAACGCCUCAGCGCCAACCAAGCACUGCACCACCCAUACUUCAAGCAAAGUCCUCCACCGACACCGUUCAAACAGCUCCCGCGACAUCCGACAAAGGCGUUGGAUGCCGAAGAUCCAGCGGCUCACCCUUUGCUCUCAGACAGCAAGGAGAAGAACGAAGCGAGAGAGAAGCAGCAAAACGUCGGGAAUGGGAAGAAGCGUCCGCUGGAUUCAAAGGAGAUCGAAGAAAGGAAACGAUUGGCGAGGAAGUUGGCUUUCGACUGA